GAUUUACAAAUUUUUAGCAGCUCUGAAAGUGAAUAUAAUAGUGACAAUAAUUUAAAUGAUUAUGUAUCUACGGAUAAUCUAAAAGAUAAUAAUAUACUUGAAAAUGAUUUAGAAAAUAACAAUAACUAUGAGCAUCAACCAACAUUUGCCCAAUUUGGUCGCAAUUUAACUGUCGAUCAAGUCGAAUAUUACUUUGAGUUUCAAGAAUAUCCUAAAACUUCUGAAACUGGUGUCGCUAGUAUAUACAAUGUUUCCGGUUGGAAACCAGAUGAUGCUAAAAAUACUUUUAGAAUUUCUAAUAUCCAAUAUGCUUAUAGCGAUCCUAGAACUAUUCGAUCAAUUCAGAAAUGUCCAUUUUUAGCAACUCUCAAUAUUGAACAUAUAUCGGUUAAUUUUGAAGAUCAACUUCAUAAAAACAUCUUCGAUGCAAAUAAAUUUUCAGUUGAUACAUUUACUCUUAA